GCAGGGAUCCCCUCAAACUGCAGGGGAGGAGAGCAUGUCUGUUACUCCAGCGGCCUGUCUGUUACUCCAGCGGCCUGUCUGUUACUCCAGCGGCCUGUCUGUUACUCCAGCGGCCUGUCUGUUACUCCAGCGGCCUGUCUGUUACUCCAGCGGCCUGUCUGUUACUCCAGCGGCCUGUCUGUUACUCCAGCGGCCUGUCUGUUACUCCAGCGGCCUGUCUGUUACUCCAGCGGCCUGUCUGUUACUCCAGCGGCCUGUCUGUUACUCCAGCGGCCUGUCUGUUACUCCAGCGGCCUGUCUGUUACUCCAGCGGCCUGUCUGUUACUCCAGCGGCCUGUCUGUUACUCCAGCGGCCUGUCUGUUACUCCAGCGGCCUGUCUGUUACUCCAGCGGCCUGUCUGUUACUCCAGCGGCCUGUCUGUUACUCCAGCGGCCUCGGUCUGUCUGUUACUCCAGCGGUCUGUCUGUUACUCCAGCGGUCUGUCUGUUACUCCAGCGGUCUGUCUGUUACUCCAGCGGUCUGUCUGUUACUCCAGCGGUCUGUCUGUUACUCCAGCGGUCUGUCUGUUACUCCAGCGGUCUGUCUGUUACUCCAGCGGUCUGUCUGUUACUCCAGCGGUCUGUCUGUUACUCCAGCGGUCUCUGUCUGUUACUCCAGCGGUCUGUCUGUUACUCCAGCGGUCUCUGUCUGUUACUCCAGCGGUCUCUGUCUGUUACUCCAGCGGUCUGUCUGUUACUCCAGCGGUCUUGUCUGUUACUCCAGCGGUCUGUCUGUUACUCCAGCGGUCUGUCUGUUACUCCAGCGGUCUGUCCCUC